AUGGCAAAGGAAGGCGGAUGGAUCAUGUUGCAGAACAUCCACUUGAUGCAAGCGUGGCUGAAGGAUUUGGAGCGAGCGCUUGAGGUCAUCGAGGAGUUCGUUCAUGAUGACUUCCGUUGCUUCUUGACCUCCGAGCCGCCAGGAGUCAUGCAGGGCAAGCUUUGGGAUUUGAUCCCCGAGCCCAUCUUGCAGAGGUGCAUCAAGGUGGCAGAUGAGGCUCCAUCCGAUUUGAAGUCCAACCUGCGCCGUGCCUACUCCAAGUUUUCUCAGGAGAACAUCGACGCUUGCUUGAAGCCUCGAGAGUUCAAGGCCACCUUGUUUGCGCUUUGCUUCUUCCAUUCGCUGAUCUCAGGACGCAUUAAGUUCGGAGCUCAAGGUUGGUCCAAGAAAUAUCCCUUCAACGAUGGUGACUUGACCAUUUGUGGACAAGUCUUGAAGAACUACCUCAACAAUGCGGAGAACCUGGGCACAGAGGUGCCCUGGCCGGACUUGCGGUACAUUUUCGGCGAGAUCAUGUACGGCGGACACAUCACCGAUCCGUGGGACCGCCGUGUGAACAACACCUACCUGGCAGUCUUGGUGACGCCCGAGUUGCUCGUGGGAGGCGCUUUGGCGCCGGGCUUCAAGUCCCCAGUCCCGGGUGUGACUGCCGGCGAAGCCAAGGAUGCCGCGAAGCUGGAGUAUUCGCACUACGUGAAAUACAUUGAGGAGCGAUUCCCCCCGGAGGUGCCACAGAUGCAUCCCAACGCUGAGAUUGGCUUCCUGACCAAUCAGGGCAUCAGCAUCUUCAAGACGAUCGCGGAUAUCACGGGUGGCGGUGGGGGCGGCGGCAGCGCCGAUAUCUCUGCCUCCACACCGCUCAUCACCAGCUACCUGACCGCGCUGCCCACGAACUUGGACAUGAUAGACAUCCGAGGCAGGCUGAAAGAGGAGGACUACACCCCCUUCAUCAUCGUGUCCCUUCAGGAGGCGGAUCGCGUGAAUGCCUUGCUGGACCAGAUCCGCAGCUCUCUCCUGGAGUUGGAGCUGGGCAUCAGCGGCGCUCUGAACGUGACGGAGAAGAUGGAGAUGCUCUCGGCCGACUUACAGUCCAACAAGGUGAACGCUUUGUGGGCGGAGAAGGCCUACCCCUCGCUGAAGGCGCUCUCCGCGUGGUUCGCCGACCUGGUCUUGCGGCAUGAGCAGGUGGUCGAGUGGACGGCGCAGAAGUUGCUGAAAUCCAUUUGGAUCAGUGGUCUCUUCAACUCCAUGUCCUUCCUGACCUCCAACAUGCAGGCGGUGGCUGCUCGCUCCAAUAGCUUGCCUUUGGACUACAUGACCAAUAGGUGCCGCUUCUACAACACUCGAGAUCUGGCAGAGAUCACAGGUGUGCCGCCACAGGCGGAGAUCGGUCGGGCGGAGAAAGAGAUCGGUCGCCACCGGCUUUUGGAAGGCGUGAAUGUGCACGGUCUCUUUUUGGAGGGUGCCGGAUGGGAAGAUGGCAAGGGUGAGGACGAGGCCCCGGAAAGCCCGUGUCGCCGGUGCGUUCGGGGCGUCCCAAACACUCCGGAACUGGUUGAUGGUUUGAUAUGUUUUUUUGAAUGUUCAAGCUUUACUUGGGAUGGUUGA